AGAUUCUCAGAGAGCAGUGGACAGAUAAUAAUCCAAAAUGCUGCAUCAUUUUCUGGUACUCUCUGCCCUUUGUGCCAUGAGCAUGACCAUGCCUUUACCUGAUUUUUACUCAUACUCCCCUGCUGCUGGGGGUGGCAGUGGAACCGAAUUUUCCACUGAACAUGAGGGUCGCAUCACUGGAGUCAGAGUUUAUGAAUAUCCCUACUAUGGAUACUACUCCAACAACUAUCUCAAUGGGAUCCAGUUGAAAUAUAACAGUAACUGGACAGAAUUGGUUGGCGUAAACUCUUAUGGCAAUGAAAAGGAGAUGACACUUUCUAAAGAUGAACAUUUUGUUCAGAUCUCAGGAAAGUAUUAUUCUGGUUACAUCAGUGAGCUUAUGUUCGUCACUAACAAGGGGCGCUCUUUCAAAGUGGGGCAGCCGUAUGGACUUUCAUUCAACUUCUACCCAACCCACGACGGAAGUGAGCUACGCUUCAUCAGCGGUCGUCAGAAUGGAUUUUCCCUUACCUCCAUUGGGGCUCAUUGGGCUGUCUACAACAAUUCCACUUCAUAAUGUCAGAAAUAUCUCAUUGGUUACAC